GUCACUAUAGUUUGUGUGUGGCAUUACAAAGCUGAGACCUGAGAAGUGAGAAUCAAUCAAUCAGACAAACAAAUCAGCACCGAAACAUGGCGGCGUUGACAGCGGCAGCUCGACAAGCCAUCAAUAUCGGACGCCUCUCCACACCCAAAUCUACUUCACUCCUUCAUCGCCGUGGCAUGGCUGGCUCUGCCGAUCAUCAUGGACCUCCAAGGGUGAACAUUUGGCAGGAUCCACUCUCCCCAUCUAAGUGGAAAGAAGAACAUUUUGUGAUUGCUUCUUUGACCGGAUGGGGUGUACUCAUUUACGGUAGUUACAAAUUCUUCACUGGAGGCAAGAAGGAAGAGAAAGUUGGAGAACCAAACAAGGCCUGAGGCACUACUUGGCUUUUGUCGGAGUUAGUGAUUUUUAUCUUUAUGAAGGGGAAGCCAGUUUUGGGCAGUUUUAUUAGUGGUAUUUACAUAGCACUUAAAGCAAUGGUUUAGGAUUAAUUACAUCUAUUCUAUUGAUGUUUUUAUGUAUUUUAUGUGUCUUGGUAAUAAGCUAUAACACUUUGUGGGAUACAAGCCUGCUUGCUGAUAAAUUGGCUUGCCUGAAUUUGGCUUUUAACUUUGAACUUUCUUGUUUUUCUACCA